CAACAACCCAGGAAAGGCUUCCCCACCCCACAAUUUUAAGCCUACCAUUUCGAGGCGGAAACCCUCAUCUUCAACUUUCGGCGGCGGCGGCGGGGCGCAGUCGUCGGAAUGGAAGCCGCCGCCAAAUCCCAUGGCCCCCCUGCCCCUCGUCCCUCCCGUCGGGCGAAGCAGCCAAGCACCACCUCUCGCGAGGGCGAAGGAGGAGGAGGAGGCGAUAGAAGGAGAAGACCAUCUCGGCGUGGCGGUACCUCGAAGCGAGGAAGAGGGUGGCAUCAUCAUCUUCUGCGACCUUGCUCCAGCCGGGCCCCCAAUUGGGGGGCGACGCGCGCACGCACAGCGGCGGCAGCGCUCAGUACCACCAACCAAGAUUUGUCAUCAACCUCCGCCGCUCAGAUCCAGAUACUCUCCUCUCGGGGAUGUGAUGAUGAUUCGAAACUAAAGGGGGCACUUUCCCCCUCAACCUGCGCUCAGAUCCAGAUCGUCCCCUCCCGGGGGUAUGACGAUGAAUCGAGUCCAAGGAAGAAACAUCUGCUGCGCCCUAGUCUCUCCAUCAUCCAGAAGCGAGGAAGAAGGCGGUCUCAUCAUCAUCUUCUGCGACCUUGCUCCAGCCUGCCCGACGAUUCGAAUAUACCAGGGCAGAAACAUAUGCUGCGCCCUUGUCUCUCCAUCCAGCCGCCCCCAAAUUAUUACUGUUGGGGAGCAAAACGCUCGCCGACGAACAACAACAACUGGAGGGACUGGUCCAAUCUAGGCGAUGGGCCGGCAGGACUGAUCGCCGAGCUCGUUCUCGCAUAUGACGUCGCCGACUAUCUCCGCUUCCGUGCCGUGUGCCGUCCAUGGAGGCAGUGUUCCACAGAACCACGCUCCCACGACGGGCUCGACCGCCGGUUCUAUCCUUGGCGGUGGGUCCUGCUCCGUGAACCACUCGCUGCUCCCAACCGCCGUUGCUUCCUGAACUCCUCAACCGGUGAGUGCAUCCAACUGGAUCUCCCGGAGCUCCUUGACCAUGAGCUGCUCACCGUCACCCCGGAGGGCCUCCUCCUCCUGCUCCACGACCGCAACCACGUCCGCCUGCUCAACCCGCUCACUCGUCACCUCACAGAGCUACCACCGCUCACCACGCUGCUUCCCUCCAAGGACCAUGUCAUGCUUUCCCGUUUCAAGAUAGACGACUUGGCGUCCUGCUCGGGCAUUGCUAGUGAUGAUUCAACAGUGGUGCUCUGCUUCAAUAGGUUCCGCAUGCUUGGCAUGGCCAAGCCUGGUGAUGACCACUGGGUGUUGCUGAAGUACAACAAUGAUGGGAUUGCAAAAACGCCCUUGGUGUUUGCAGGGCGCUUCUACCAUGUUAACGUCAAUGGUGUCAUGGUGCUGCAAAUCAUUCCAAAUCAGCCACCGCGGCUGGAGGUGGCUGCCAAGCUGAAUAUGCAUGUCUCUCCAAUUUCGCAAAGUAUGCACCUCGUCAACAAUUUUGGUGAGCUGAUGCUGGUGCACCGUCAGAUUGUACCAGUGACAUCGCGGAAUAAAUCGGGUUAUCGGUACAACAUCUAUCGAGUGAAUUUGGAUACCGGGACACUAUUCCCGGUCAAGAGGUUGGGCAGUGGCACGGGGCGAGCGAUGUUCUUGGGAAUGUAUUGCUCUUUCACAUUGUCUCCAGAUGUUUUUCCCCCUGGCUCCUUUAGCGCUGACACCAUCUACCCGAGCUUUGACUUUGCCGAGAGAAGGCUGUUAAAAGUUGAAGCGUAUCAUCUCACCGAUGGACUGUUAAAAGCUGAAGCCUAUCAUCUCGCCGAUGGCCGCGUCGAACAACCAUCUAGCUUGGUGCAGCGGCCACCUUGUCAAUUACGGUUGAUCCUUAAUUUACCACAUUUCUUUUGAUAAUUUCGCAUGCCAAUAUGCACCUGUUGUCCCAAAUUUGAAAGCUAGUACGUACUUCGGUAUUUGUGUUAUGUAUGGAUGACUGGUCCAGAUUAGUUUCCAUAUCGAGUCCGCCAGCCACGCAUGCAGAUUUCUAAGAGUUUAGCCAGGAAAAGCAAAGGAUUAGCAUGCAGAUGACCUCUUUACUGAAUUACUGGUGUGUUGUGGAGGUGAUGCUGAAUCAACAAAACAUUGCUGCAUGCUUGUGCUGAAAAAUCUGUGUACCUGUGACUCAAAUUCGAUUGGAAACAAUAAUAAUAGUCUAUACUGCUAGUCUA